UUCAUUUCAUGGAUUUAAGUGAUUACUGCAAAAUGUUACUGCAAUACACGAUCCAAAAGAAAAGAGGUUCAGGAGGGCGAACGCUUGCGAUCAGUUUAUUAUAAUACUAUUGUAAACAUAUCGGAUUUUAAUGAACAUUUAGAAUUGGUUUGCAACAAUCGAUCAACUUUCGAUUACAGUGUUACACAAUCAAUGAAUCAUGUGAAACUUGUCUGGUUGAAAGCAGUGAGCUAAACAAUGACCAAGCCAGCUGACCGUGUUUUCUACUCGCUUCCUCAAGCUAACAAACCAAUCACAGAAGAUGUCAUAGAAUCAUGUUCCAAAGACAACAAACAAAAACUUUUGAAUUAUAUAAGAGAUAAUGUGAUUGGCUGUGAUAAACAAUUUGGAGGUCCAUUUGGACUGCGGAGAGUUACCUACCUAGAUUAUAUAGCAUCGGGCAGAGCUUUGCGGUUCAUAGAAGACUACAUCCAAGAUGAAGUACUCCCAGAAUAUGGCAACACUCACACAACAACGGGCGUUACCUCGCUACAGACAACACUGUUCCGUCAUGAGGCCAGGGACAUAAUUCGGAACGCUGUGAAUGCCAGCGAACACGACUCGGUGAUAUUUGUGGGCAGUGGAACAACUGGUGCCAUCCAUAAACUCAUCCACGGGCUCAACCUGAACAGUCCACCUGUUGUGUUUGUUGGGCCUUAUGAACACCACUCAAACCUUCUGCCCUGGAAGGAGAUCACUACUGAGGUUAUAAGAAUAAAACAGCUACGGAAUGGUUUAGUAGAUAUUGGCCACUUGGAAACUCAGCUUCAGAAAUGGAAAGAAAAACAGAGACAAAUGAUUGGCUCUUUCAGCGCUGCCUCCAACAUCACCGGUAUCCUGGUUGACGUUGAUGCCAUCACAGCCUGUCUCCAUAGAUACGGAGCUCUUGCAUUCUGGGACUAUGCCACUGCAGCACCAUAUGUGAAAAUAGACAUGAAUCCAGUGGUUCUUGGAGAAAAUGAAAAGUUUGUAUACAAAGAUGCUGUGUUCCUGUCACCACACAAGUUCAUAGGCGGAGUGUCAACACCAGGUGUUUUAAUAGCCAAGAAAUGCCUGUUUCGUAAUAAUGUGCCUGAAGGAGGAGGUGGAGGAACUGUUUUCUUUGUUCGACGAGACAGUCAUCGGUACCUCCAGGAGCCGGAGCUGCGCGAGGAGGGAGGAACGCCUGCCAUUGUGGAGUCAGUGCGAGCAGGUCUUGUAUUCCAGCUGAAGGAGGCUAUCACUACAGACACCAUCUUGGAGAGAGAAGAGUUUCUCUUCAAUAAAGCUAAGACAUACUGGCAGGACUGUGAGAAUCUAGUUAUUCUGGGUAACCUAAAUGUGCCAAGACUUCCUGUGUUCUCCUUCCUCAUCUACCACCCAGAAACCGGUCGAUUCCUACACUACAACUUCGUGAGCGCCGUUCUGAAUGACGUCUUUGGAAUCCAGGCUCGCGGAGGAUGUGCCUGUGCUGGACCAUAUGCUCAGGAUCUCCUGGGUUUGGGUGAGCUGAAGGCAAAGGCACUGGAAAAUUUGCUGUUAGAAGACUGGCGCUUGGACAGAAUCCAUUUACGAAGAUACCGAGAAUGCUCCCACAAGGAAAUAUUACGGCCUGGAUUUACUCGACUCAGUCUACCAUACUUCAUAGAUGACGACUGUCUGCAGUUUGUACUGGAAGCUGUUCAGUUAGUAGCGCAGCACGCGCACAGCCUCUUACCACAGUACACAUUUAACCCAGAAACUGGAGAGUGGCGGCAGAAGAACUUCCAGGUGUUUAAAGACAGGAAAUGGCUUGGUCACAUAUCUUACAAGUCUGGUGAGAUGAGUUUGAAAGUUCCUCCACAAACUGAAAAAGGUCCUCUGCCUUCUGACUAUCAGGAUUGUUUGAAGAUGGCUAGAGAUCUGUUCAAGAGAGCACGGAAGACUAGAGUUCCUCUGUCUGACCAGACUCUUCUGUUUGAUGAGGAGUCUCAAUCAUUCCGGUGGUUUGUUCUUCCCAGUGAAGCUCACGAAUGUUUACACAGCAGGGGAACCUCACCUCUUCCUCUCCCACCCAGCUCUCUGCCUUUCCUCCCUCAGUCUCUGCGAGUUCGCCUUGGUGUGGAAGAUGCACAGUCAGAUGAAGCAGCAGAAUCACCACCAGAUAUCCAGGAAACAGGAUAUAUGAACACUAACAUGAACUCAUCAUUGAAUCGCCAGUCUGAAGAACCCUUUAUGUCUGGAAUGGUUGAAAUGCUAGAGCGAGGAUUCAUCUUUCAGCAAGAUGCUGUGAAUACAGGUAGUUGUGAAGAUCCAGUGAGGGGGCAGAAUUCUGAUGAUCCUGGAGUUAAAACAGAAGAUAACCCUGAAUCUUUAGUGAGCAGACAGGAUAGUGGAACGACAAAAUAUGCAGACAAUAAGAGUAAAGAGUGUAGCUCAUGUGUCAUGGAAAAAGAGAACAGUGGAAGGACAGAAGAUCAAUGUAAAAAGUGUAGCUCAACAUAUGUUAUGGGAGAACAGAAUAGUGGAAAGACAGAAGAUAAAAAUGAAAAAUGUUCCACUGUGUCUGUCUUGGGAGAACAGAACAGUGGAAAGAUAGAAGAUAAAAAUAAAAGAUGUAGCUCAGCAUCUGCAGUGUGUAAAGAGAACACUGAGCUUUAUGAUGGAGAUACUCGUGGUGGUUUGGUAACUCAGUCCCACAAAGAUGUGGCCAGUUUUCAAGAUGUAUGUCAAGCCGUGCCAGACGUCUGUUGUAAGCUGAAUGUAAGAAAUCCCCAAAGUGUUUGCAAGUCCAAUCAGUCUACAGACUGUGAACAGAAACAUCAGAACAGAUGGGUUUCUCCUCCCAAGAUCAUAUUCAAACCCACUGUCAAGGCUAUAGAGGAGUAUGAGAUGAUUCAACCUGGUGACCGAGUUCUUGUAUGUCUGUCAGGAGGAAAAGAUUCCUUGUCUCUUCUACACACCCUUAGACAGUACCAGUUCUAUGCUAAAGGAAGGGGGACGAAUUUUGAGUUUGGAGCUGUGACCGUAGACCCAGAGACCCCAGCCUAUGAUCCAAGUCCCCUCAAACAGUACAUCCAUCAACUUGGCGUACCUUAUUUCUAUGAAUCUCAAGGUAUCCUGGAGACGGCUGAGAAUCUGCCAUAUGAAUGUGCAUCAAUCUGUAGUUUCUGCAGCCGCAUGAAGCGAGGUCGGAUAUACUCUGCAGCGCGACGGGGAGGCUACAACGUACUGGCACUUGGACAACACCUAGAUGACCUUGCAGAAAGUUUUCUGAUGUCCUUCUUCCACAAUGGACUGAUCCGCACAAUGAAGGCUCACUACACUGUACAAGAAGGAGAUUUACGUGUAAUACGGCCCUUUGCUUAUGUCCGAGAAAAAGAACUGAGAAACUUUGCUGAAAAGAAUCGGCUGCCAGUAAUUGCAGAAAACUGUCCAGCAUGCUUUCAAGCUCCAAAGGAACGUCACAGGAUGAAGCAGCUUCUAGCAACUCAGGAGUUACUGUUCCCUCAUCUCUACCACAGCAUGAUGGCUGCCAUGAAGCCUGUGAUGUCUCGGAGUAGCGCGAUGAAUUCAUCACCAUCUAGUGAUGACCACAAAGGUCCAGAUGGUGUUGGUAGGGGAAAGUCAGUGGGUGAUGGGGAGGCUGAUGAUUAUUUGUGAAGGAGAAACACUGAACUAGGACAAAAAGAUGAAGGGGAACAAACUACAAUCUGUGUUGAUUCUGUUAAAUGGUGAACACGGUGUUUGUGAUGAUGUCUUCAUGGAACAACAACGUAACUGUGAAAGAGAAUGAAAGAUAUGGGAUACUAUUUAUCUCCAGUAUGACCAGCUUUUCAUCACUGUCUCCAAGGCAGGUGUCUGUAAACAACUGAAAUAUGUCGAAUUGUUUGACAUUGUUAGACGACUGAUUAUGAAGUGACCAUGAAGUUGCUCAAAACUACUUCCAGCACAACAACUGACUGUGACAUUCUUUGAUACUGGUUCCUGGGAUAACUUGACUAUAAUGUUGUUUUAUACUGUUUCCAAGACAGCUGACUAUGAACUUUUCUAAUACUUUUUCCAGGUCAACUGACUAUGAAAUUGUCUAAUACUUUUUCCAGGACAACUGACUGUGUAAUUGUCUAAUACUUUUUCCAGGUCAACUACUUUUGAUGUUUUUUAUCACUGCUUGCAGAACAACUGCUUGUGAAGUUACUUUCACUGUUUCCAACCUCUUGUAGAACAGAACUGAAAAGUGCAAUGUGAUCCUGCAUGACCCUGCAUUGAUAUGUUUGAUGAGGUACUGCUGCAGACCAUGUUGAGUUAUCUAUAUCUUCUUACCAUGCUAGUGGAAAAACAUGGCUUCUUUUGCCCUCCUCCUAGCAGUUUACAUUAUCACAGGACAAUUGAAAAACACCAGUAUUAAUCAAUGGUAAAGAUGAAUAAAAUACCUGGUGAUCUGCA